CUGUUGUACAACCCCGCAGCAGGCAUUUACUAUAGGACACACCUCCUCCUUCUCCAGCAGCAGCUGCUCUCAGCUCACAGACCCUCCCACUCACACUCUGGCAUCAUGGAGUCUCUGGCUGGAUGAGACAAAGCCGGCUGUAAUCCAUUAAAGGAAAGAGCACUUGCUUGGCAAAGCCCUAAUCAUGCCCUUUAUUGAUGAGAGACAGCUGUCUGUACGGGAAAUGCGGGAGGAGGAAGCACCUGUGGUCCUGGAAAUGCUGAAGGAUGGCUUUAAGGAUACAGAGAACCGUUUAAUCCUCUACAUUCUGACACGGCCAUUGACUUUACUGCUUAUGGCAGUUGCAAGUAGCGGCCUGCGCUUCUUCCUCAAUUCCUUUAGUGUUGCUCUUGUCAUUCCUGUUCUUCUGACUAUUGUGGGCCUGAAGCUACUGCUGUGGCGCUCUCCCGACCUAAAGCAGAUCUACUCAUAUUACAGCAUUGGCCAACGCAAAAUCUGGGUGGCAGUGUACGACCAGGACGACAUCUGUGGAUGUGUUGCGCUUGACACUACCCAAGAUCCUCAGACAGUUGAGCUGAAAAGGAUGUCAGUCAGCCGCUGGUACAGACGUUCAGGAGUGGGAACCCAUCUUUUAAAGUUCUUCGAAAGUCAUGCUAAGAAGAAAGGCUUUCGGUGCAUUGUGCUUUACACUUCCAUGGUGGCAAAAGCAGCCACUGGACUCUUUAACAACUGCGGAUACAAAGUCAAGGGGGGCUCGGAUUGGCUCUGCUACACCAUUAUGCAGGAGUUUAGGAAAGACAUUUAGCAUAUUGCAGUAGGACUGUACAGAGUCAGAGUGCGUGUUGUGAUUUCUGGAGUGGCCUUGGCAAAUAUUUCCCUGUAUUUAUUAAAAAUAAUGCAACUGAAAAAAA